UAUACAAAUCCGUGACCCGAAAGCGCUUACUUAUUCGUGCGUACUUUACAAAGGAGUCAUUCUAACCCCCUCACAGGAGCAUUUUCCUAACUACGUUUCACGCUUUUAUCAAUUUAGGAGUCGCAGCGAGAAGACACCGUCUUUAAUUUCACAGUGAAACAUGACCUCGAUUCGGUUAAAUCUGCCAACGUUAUUGAAUUGUCUCUUAAUCUGCGUCACCUUGCUGUUGAAUAACCGCUGCUGUGUCGUUGCCAAGUGGUAUCACAGACCCAACGUUGUUUUGAUCCUCACCGAUGACCUGGACGUCGUUAUUGGGGGCAUGACCCCACUGAACAAGACCAAGAAGCUGAUUGGUGAAGCAGGGAUCACCUUUACCAACGCUUUUGUAGCCAGCCCACUGUGCUGUCCCAGCAGAGCCAGCAUCCUAACAGGAAAGUAUCCUCAUAACCACCAUGUGAUCAACAACACUCUGGAGGGGAACUGCAGCAGCACGGCCUGGCAGAAGACCCAGGAGCCCAAGACCUUCCCUGCUCUACUGCAGGCCUACGCUGGUUACCAGACCUUCUUCGCUGGGAAGUACCUGAACCAGUAUGGAAACCCAGAUGCAGGAGGAGUGGAGCACGUUCCUCUGGGAUGGGACUACUGGGUCGGACUGGAGAGGAACUCUCGGUACUACAACUACACACUGUCUGUGAAUGGGAAGCCUAAGAAGCAUGGAGGGAACUACAGUGAAGACUACCUGACAGAUGUACUGACCAACAUGUCUCUAGACUUCCUCCAGUAUAAGUCUAACUACCGUCCGUUCUUCAUGAUGGUUUCGACCCCCGCCCCCCACGCCCCCUGGACCCCCGCCCCGCAGUACCAGGACCGCUUCCAGGACCUCAAGGCCCCUCGAGACCCCAACUUCAACGUCCAUGGGAAGGACAAGCACUGGCUGAUCAGACAGGCCAAGACUCCCAUGACCAACUCCUCUAUCGAGUUGCUGGACGAGGCCUACAGGAAACGGUGGCGUACUCUGCUGUCAGUGGAUGACUUGGUGGAGAAGGUGGUGAAGAGGUUAGAGGUCAGAGGGGAACUGGACAACACUUACAUCAUCUUUACCUCAGACAACGGAUACCACACAGGUCAGUUCUCUCUCCCCUUGGAUAAGAGGCAGCUGUAUGAGUCUGAUAUAAGAGUUCCUCUGCUGAUCCGAGGGCCCAACAUCAAGCCUAACCAGACCACCGGGCUGGCAGUCCAGAACGUUGACCUGGGUCCUACCAUCCUGGACAUGGCCGGUUACAACGUCAGCAAGACUGCCAUGGACGGCAUGUCCUUCCUGUCUGUACUGGAGGGAUCUGUGAACAGCACUAUGUGGAGAACAGACUUCCUGGUGGAGUAUGAAGGGGAGGGGUCUAAUGUGUCUGAUCCCGCCUGCCCCCUGCUGGGUCCUGGGGUCUCCGUAUGUUUCCCUGACUGUGUGUGUGAGGACUCCUUCAACAACACGUACGCCUGCGUUCGUACUGUCGCCCCUUCUGCCAACCUCCAGUACUGCGAGUUUGAUGACAACGAGGUGUUUGUAGAGGUAUAUAACAUUACAGUUGACCCCUACCAGCUCAUUAACCUGGCUAAGACCAUCGACCAGGAAGUCCUGGAGAAGAUGAACCACAGACUGAUGAUGCUCCAGUCCUGUUCUGGACAGUCCUGUAGGACCCCUGGGGUCUACGAUACACGAUAUACGUUUGACCCUCACCUGAUGUUCAGUAACAGGAGCCACCGGCGCAACAGGCUGAGACGGGCCUGAAAUGAGGAGAGGAGGGCUGUCUGAGCCUGUGCUGCUGUUCCCUAGUGUCUGAGACCUCAGCCCUGUAGGGGUUGGAGGGGGACCUUCUGCAAACUCCACACUACAGCACUUUUAACAGUCUGUACACAACACCCCCCGUCUACCCUGUGUUUGGACACAGUAUCACCCAUUGAUUGGUUAUUUUAAGACACUGUUUGACUGAUUUUAAUUUUACAUGUUGUGUUUGUUAAUUAUGCGAGGAAAAUCAAUUACCUCAAAUCAGCUGUUUUUCAAAUAAUUAACAAGGCUUGACCUGCUACAGUAGGACUAGAAACCAUUCCUGUUGUUCCUCUUUCUCCCAGUAGGACUAGAAACCAUUCCUGUUGUUCCUCUUUCUCCCAGUAGGACUAGAAACCAUACCUAUUGUUCCUCUUUCUCUCAGUAGGACUAGAAACCAUACCUGUUGUUCCUCUUUCUCUCAGUAGGACUAGAAACCAUUCCUGUUGUUCCUCUUUCUCUCAGUAGGACUAGAAACCAUACCUGUUGUUCCUCUUUCCCCCAGUAGGACUAGAAACCAUUCCUGUUGUUCCUCUUUCCCCCAGUAGGACUAGAAACCAUUCCUGUUGUUCCUCUUUCUCUCAGUAGGACUAGAAACCAUUCCUGUUGUUCCUCUUUCUCUCAGUAGGACUAGAAACCAUACCUGUUGUUCCUCUUUCUCUCAGUAGGACUAGAAACCAUUCCUGUUGUUCCUCUUUCCCCCAGUAGGACUAGAAACCAUUCCUGUUGUUCCUCUUUCUCUCAGUAGGACUAGAAACCAUUCCUGUUGUUCCUCUUUCCCCCAGUAGGACUAGAAACCAUUUCAGUUGUUCCUCUUUCUCCCAGUAGGACUAGAAACCAUUCUGGUUGUUCCUCUUUCUCCCAGUUAAUCCACUUUUAAUGUAGAAGUGUUCAGAAACAUGUUCUAUUCUUAUUUAAAAAGGUAAAAGUGACUCCAAAUGACCAUUAUUUGUAUUGGGCACAAAAUGAUCUGAUCUACAACCAAAACAAACAGCCAAUGCAUCCACGUUUCUAGAGUCACAGCUGGAUGUUGUCAUUGUGUUCUAAGAAUCAGGGACAUCCACGUUUCUAGAGUCACAGCUGGAUGUCGUCAUUGUGUUCUAAGAAUCUGGGACAUCCACGUUUCUAGAGUCACAGCUGGAUGUCGUCAUUGUGUUCUAAGAAUCUGGGACAUCCACGUUUCUAGAGUCACAGCUGGAUG